AUGAACUUGUUGUCGGCUUCGAUUACGUCGGCGCUGGCGCUCAAGCCGUCUACCGUGUACAUCCUUCGAGUGAAGAACAGCAAAACUCGACAGAGGUGGCACGUCCGACGCCGCUUCACCGACUUCUGCGAGUUGCGCGGGAAACUUCUCGCCCUGAUCGAUGAUCAAAUGAUGAUGUACCUCACGUGUCUCGAGGUCGACGAUACCGAAAGCAGCUUUUGCACCACCAGUUCCGACAUCAGCUCCAGCACGAGCUCGAGUGUCAGCACUCGCGUCUCGUGUCGUGGAAAGAGUCGCCACCACUUCUCCCCACCACCACCGGACCGCUUUUGUUACGUGUUCAAGCAGUUUCCACCCCGUAAACUGUUCACGUCACGCUCCGAACGUGUGAUCAAAGCGCGAUCCAUUGCUCUCAAUCUCUUUCUGCAGCAGGCACUCGAAGUCGUUGAGGUCGUUCGCCAGCGUCGGUUAAUCGCCAUCGGGUUCAGCAUGAUGACCCACAUUGAGAGCUUUCUCGAGUGCAAAGCCCACCGACCAGCCACGAGUGUUGCUACGCCAAGCACCUUUGACUGCAAAAGCGAGACAGUUGCACGCCAGGAGGCCAUGUCACCCAGCACAGCGCGGCGAAGAUCAGCUGCCAGAUCACACUCGCCUCAGAUUUACACCUCUUCCCGUUGGCGCUGA